AUGGAUAAACACUGGGACACCAAAAAAUGGAAACCCACUAUCAUUGACUCAGAAUGUAGCAUGCAGCCGUUUGUCACUUUAAGCCCUAAGGACGUCGAAACACAUCGCGAAAAACUGAGAGUCUGCACUGAGAAUUUAGACCGUUUCCCCUAUACACCCGAAAACUGGAGAAGCCGACCUGAAGUCCUUUUGAAAUUGGGGUUUCCGGAACUCGCAACGUUUGAUGCUUAUAAGACGAUUUUUCUGGCAAAUUAUGUAUUUGAUGGUGAAGACCGUGGCUCGAAGGUAUGGCUCGAGAUGAGAAUGAUGAUGUGGUAUCGAGCUAUUCUUAAGGUACCGCCUAAGCACAGAAUAGGCCAUUUGAGAGGGCUCUGA